AUGGCGAAGCCUCGCCACAGCCACGGUGGCCUGCGUCAUGGCAAGGCCCGGGGCGGCGCGCAGAACGCCUCGGCGGCCGAGGCGCGCCAGCGCGAGGUGUCCACGCUGGCCACCGCCAGCAAAGCGUCCGCAAGGAGGACCGACGAGGCGAUCAAGGGCGCCGCAGGGCUGGCGGCGAGCAUGGCCACGGGAGUGUCGCAGCUGCACCAGGAGUUGGCGGAGGUGAAGCAGCACCGCAUCAACGUCAAGCAGCUGCAGGAGGCGCUCGCGGCGGACGUGGCGCUGCUGCGCGAGAGCACCGUGCUGGAGAAGCUGUCCACCUCGAGGCGCGGGCGGCAGGUCGCAGAGCUGCAGCUCAAGAAGAGCGAGCAGCUGGUGAAG